AUGACGAACUCGGCACCAUCAUCGCCAUCGCCCUCCUUGUCCCCGACCUCGGCAAAUCUCAAGGCUGCGGCGGGGGAGAAGAGACGUCUGACAGAGAAGGAGAAAAAGGCGAAUCACCUCGCCUCGGAGAAAAAACGAAGGGAACAUAUCCGAGAUCAGUUUGACCGGCUUUCGAACAUUGUUCCCGGCCUUGAAGGGCGAGCGCGCUCCGAAGGCCUGGUACUCCAGAGCACAAUAGAAUACAUCAGGAAACUAAUGUUGGCCCGGCGAGAAUUGAUUCAAAAUCUCGAGGCUAACGGCGUCGAGGUGCCGGUAGAUCACAAGAGAUGGUUUUUUGACGAUGACUGGGAGGCGCAAAUGGAAAAGAGCAUAACCGGCUCAAAAGGAGGCGGCAGCUCGCCAGGAGGUAGCCUGCAAGAGGGCAGAACGGUGCAAGACUUGAUACCCAAUGAGAUAGAAGAGACGUGA